UCACUGCGCCGCGGGGUCCUAAAGUCCGCUCGGUGCGGAAACCGUGGCCUUAAGAAAUAAAAAUGCUAGAGGGCAUUUCAGGCUGCCGACCAAAAAUAUUGGCUCAAGUGAGGGUUUUUAUCGCGUGUUCACCAAAAACUCAGACCUACCACAUACAAGGACCUGACAGGAAAUCACACUAAGCAGAGCAGGGGGAGGGACUUUGACCUAAUGACGAUCAACGCAUCCAUAUAUAAUGCCUCAUCCUCCGACCUAAUAAAAAGAGAAUUAAGUCGAACUAAGAACAGGGUGUCCUGCAGAAGCAAGCUGGAAGAAGAGCACUUCUGACAGACUUCUUGGGUUCAGUGACUGAACUUGGACCAGUCAUAUUCACACACACUCAUUUCAACAGAACGCGUCAACAUGCUGGAGCAGGUCCUGUCAUUCGGCCGCUCCCUGGUGCGCAGAAAAGUGGUCGACCUGAGCAACCUGGAGGACUCCAAGCUCUGCCGCUGCCUGGGAACUGUCGACCUCAUCGCCCUGGGAGUGGGCAGCACUCUGGGCGCCGGCGUCUACGUGCUAGCCGGCGAGGUGGCCAAGGGAAAUUCUGGUCCCAGCAUUGUCAUCUCCUUUCUAAUCGCGGCCCUGGCCUCCGUCAUGGCCGGUUUGUGUUACGCUGAGUUUGGUGCCCGCGUCCCCAAAACUGGCUCUGCUUACCUUUACAGUUACGUGACUGUAGGAGAGAUCUGGGCCUUCAUCACUGGUUGGAAUCUAAUUCUCUCCUAUGUCAUCGGUACAUCCUCGGUUGCUAGAGCUUGGAGUGGCACAUUCGAUGAAAUGAUCGGAGGACACAUUGAGAUAUUCUGUAAAACCUAUUUCAGCAUGAACUCCCCCGGUCUGGCUCAGUACCCCGACUUCUUUGCCGUCUGCCUGAUUCUGCUGCUCUCUGGGCUCCUGUCGUUUGGGGUGAAGGAAUCGGCCUGGGUCAACAAAGUCUUCACUUCGGUCAACGUGCUCGUUCUCCUGUUCGUCAUCAUCUCCGGCUUCGUCAAGGGAGACACGUACAACUGGAAGAUAACGGAAGAAUCCCUCGUAAAUGUCACCAUAGUGCGGAGGAACUUGUCGCUCACGGCCAAUGUGAGCAGUGAUUAUGGAGUGGGAGGGUUCAUGCCCUACGGCUUCAGUGGGACCUUGGCCGGAGCUGCCACCUGCUUCUAUGCUUUUGUCGGAUUUGACUGCAUCGCGACAACAGGUGAGGAAGUGCGGAACCCCCAGAGGGCUAUUCCCAUCGGCAUCGUGGUGUCGCUGACCGUGUGUUUCCUGGCGUACUUUGGUGUGUCGGCUGCGCUCACCCUGAUGAUGCCUUACUACCUGCUGGACGAGAAGAGCCCUCUGCCCAUGGCCUUUGAGUAUGUGGGAUGGAGCCCUGCCAAAUAUGUGGUCGCUGUUGGUUCCCUCUGUGCCCUUUCCACCAGCCUGCUGGGCUCCAUUUUCCCUAUGCCUCGUGUAAUCUAUGCUAUGGCAGAGGACGGUGUGCUUUUCAAAGCCUUAGCCCGAAUCAAUCCUAAGACGAAGACCCCACUUAUUGCCACUAUGACCUCCGGUGUAGUAGCAGCCAUCAUGGCUUUCCUGUUUGACCUGAAGGCUCUCGUUGACAUGAUGUCUAUUGGAACUCUGCUGGCCUACUCGCUGGUUGCCAUGUGUGUGCUGAUCCUCAGGUACCAGCCAGACUGGGCUCUGGAGGGGCGUGCGGCGACUGCCGAGAGGGACUACCUGUCCUCCGGGGAGGGCGAGUCCGACCUGACGGAGUCUGAGUCCCACCUCCACAUGCUGAAGAGCAGCAGCUCCGCCGUGCAGACUGUCCUGCACCCGCCCGCCUCGCCCUCUGAGCAGUCCUCCAGUGUGGUCAACAUGUCCAUCUGUGUGCUGGUGCUGGUGGUGUGCGUGGUCAGCUAUCUCACCACGUACCACAUCGGCUCCAUCCUGCGUGUGGAGGCGUGGAUCCUGGUGCUGCUGUGCGUGUGCCUGCUCAUCUUCGGCGGCUGCGUCCUCAUGGUCUGCAGGCAGCCUCAGACCAACAAGAAGGUCUCCUUCAUGGUUCCACUUCUGCCGUUUCUGCCCAUCCUGAGCAUCUUUGUCAAUAUUUACCUCAUGGUGCAGCUGAGCGGCGACACUUGGAUACGUUUCUCUGUGUGGAUGGCUGUGGGCUUCCUUAUCUACUUUGGCUAUGGCAUAUGGCACAGUGCGGAGCGCCAACGCCAACUGCAGGCUCCUCGGAGCGGCGGCAACACAACCCAGGCAAAGGGCAAGAGCAAGGGGGAGAAGCCGGCGGGAGCCGUAGGAAAAGACCAGGAGCGCUUCAUCCUCCCAGAGAAGACCAGCCAGUUUUAAAGAUCGCCCCGCUCAGUCGCAAGACUCUUUGAGGCAACAGAUGCAUAAAAGCACAACGCAGCUCUGCCUUGAUGCACCUGUACAAAUACACAGCUUCACCACGCGUGCUUCAGUCACAAGCACGUUCAGCCCGCAAAAAAAAAAAGAGGGCAGCGUCAGCAUUCUGGAUCAGGAGGCCUGACGGAGACCUGCUCUGUCGCUGUGACGACACCACAUCCUGUACGUCGAGCACGGAGGCCGAACGGAACCGACGGGGCAACACCGGAGAGCGACGUUCAUUUCUUUUUAACGCCGGAGCAGUCGCGACGAGACCGCAGCAAAGCUUCUCAUACACGGACUUGAGUUUUUAGUGCAUGACACACGUUUUGUUUUUUUACAGUUUCCGCAGAUUUGUAGAGGUGGAUUUUUACUCUCUGAAUGGUCCAGAAUAUGAUUUAGAUUUUUGAUACAUCAGUUAUAUGUUUGUGUUGUAAUUUAUAAUUUUGGUUUGUGGCAAAGGCACUUGUUCUAUUACAUGAGUGUUUGAGGCGGGAAAAAGGACCCAUGUCACAGAUAGAAUAUUAGAACUAUUAAAUUGCAUUGAUAUGAAAUGUCAAAUUGUGGUAUCUGUAUAAAAAAGACACAUUUAGACCAAUGUACAAUAUGUCAGAUAGUUUUGUAGGCACUUAACAUGUCAGGGGCCUGAAAGUAGGCCAAAUGCUGCUCCUGUAGGGACUGUAUUUUGUAACAAGUCAUGGCAAGAUUUACUGUAGCUGUUGUGGUGAUUUUAUUCAUCACAGGUUUUUUUUAACUUUCAAAUGUGAUAUAUCUAUGAACUGUUACAAUCCGCAUAUGAAGAUUGUUACAUAGGCAAAACUUUACAAGUAUUCGUAGUGGUUUUCUUUCACUCUUGUCAGAUUAUCACGCCGUGUUUUCAUCCGUCCGAUCAUUUUGUGCUAUUCUUCAUAGUUGCCGAUUUGCUGUCGAUAUAACCUACGUGACAUUCUGAUUCCGCAGUUCCACCGAGCAAGAAGCACGGCAAUUCAUUACGAGCAAAAGUAUUAUAAAAAGAAAAAUGUUUUGCAGCAUAGUUCAGAUGAAAUGGGCAUUUAUUUUGUUCCUCUUUGUGUUCGGGGAUCAUAACCAUGUUGGAAGAGAGUUUUUGUUCUGAACUGCAUUACUAAGAUUCAGAGAUACCGUCAGUCCCUCUGGGCUCUUUAGGGGCCACCUGUGUGUUUUCUUGUCCUACACAUUGUAAGGCUCAGUGAGUGUGGAACUCUUCUUCCAGAAGUCAGAUAUUUCGGCUGCAGUGGUUUGAAUAAAUGGGGAACAUAUUCAGAAGCUGUGUAGUCGUUGCAGCAGGAGUGAGGCGAGUUGUCUACCAGACUGAACCUCUGCAUCAACAGUGUGGAUUCUUCCACAGUGAUGGUACAGGAUAAAGUACACAGAAGUAACAGUGAUGUCAUAAAGUAAUGCCACUGUGUCAUCAACUGCACAGACCAGUUGAAUAAACGUAUAAAAAAAAGA